AUGGGGCUAGCGGACUUCCCCUACCUAGUGCAACGGCGGAUUCGUGCCGUUAUCGAAUGUUACAGGUCUACUAGCCUUUACUACAGGAAUAUAGGCUUCUUUGGUGUCGGCAUUUUGUGGGGGAGUGUUUGGGGGUCAUACAAAAGGAAGGCGAAGGAUGCAACAAACGCAGACUGUUCGGCGGUUCACCUGACGUUCUAUGACAUCCCAACUGCACUGUCGCUGCAGCAGCAAGAUUCUCAGCCUUCAUGUGGGGAGCGCACUGACCGUCAUUUGCCCCCUCAAAGGAAACGUGCAUUUGAAAACCUUUGGGAAGAAGCAGCAAGGCUACUUCAGAGACAGCCUGGGUACACCUAUACUCAGAUGUUCCGCAGAUUAAUGCCGGAUGAAGGGGUCGAAGAUGCCAGUCUGGGUCAUGUGGCAGAUGCAGAACUGGAGCGUAAUAGUAGUGGCCGUAAGGGCGUUGGUGCGGGUAUUGAAACACCAACUGAUUCUGAAGCCAACCAAGAGCAGCGAGUGGUGGAUUAUGUUGAAUUGCGGGUGUGGGAAAAUGAAGAGUCGCAUAAAAAUGCAGACAUGGCGCAAGCGGCCCUUAUAAAGAAAAUACGUGAGCUGGGUGUUAAAAUGGAUACGGGGCUUUACAGACCCUACGCAGUGAAGGGCGGCAUCGGUCGAGUCACUGCCGGAUGUUCGACUGCGGAGCAUCAAACUUCCAAACAGCAACCUUUAGGGGAUUUGCCUAUGGCGGCUGGUGGGUCUGCAGUAUCAGCGCAGGGUAGCCGUUGGACCACUACCGUAGUUGACGAAGGCUCCAGUGGCCGCAUGGUCUCAUCCAAUAUGGGUAGAGUCUUCACAUGGAUGAAGUAUGGAAUUUCAGCUUCUGCGCAUGCAGAUCGAAGGGCAUUCCGCACACCAACUAGGACUAAACAAGAGCCUAUACUGGCUCCUGAUCAACCUACUUCCUUCACAGGAGAAUUUGACGCAGGUAUAAACGCGUCUCCACCUGCUGUUGACACACUUGCGAGUGAAUUUGGUUUCGUGGAAAUCUUCAAGAAACUAUUUGGAGGGACAGGCGAGGAGCAGGAGGAAGCGCCCACCACCUCCGAGCAGCGUCGGAGUGCCUGGCAGGAAGAAGAAAGGCAUGCUGAGUUCGCAUUUUGCUCUGACGUGGGAUUUAGAGGCCUUCAUCCAGAGGAAGGUGGUGAAGAAGCUGUCCUUUCUAUUACAGCGCAUGUUGGAGUCGAUGUGGCCGUGUUUGCGAAGGAGCCAUGUUUCUUGCUGAGGACGAUUUUGUGCAAGGCUAUCAAGAAACCAACACAUUACGACAUCACUAGUGCUGUAAAGCAGGAGACAACGUUUGACGUUGAGGCGCAACAGCAGGAACAAAUGCAGCAGCUGUCAAGGCAGCAAAUGCUCCUACCCCACCAAACACCUUCGGCGCCUGCUUUUGCAGCAGCUCCCCCUGGUUACCUUCCGGGGGAGGCACAAGUAGCGCCUCAGACUUUUGCAGCUGCAGCGUAUGGUCGAGAACGAAGCGCCUUCCCGCAGUGGGCUCUUUACCUCAUCCUUAUUGGGAUUGCUCUGACAUGUGCGCUUCUCUUAUGCUGCUGCCUAUGCUUCUGCCGGCGCUAA